CUCAUCUCUGUGCUGGAGUUGAGUGUGACACACACACCCACACACACACCCACCCACACACACCGGCUCCGUUUACAGGAAUUCAACUCAUUCGUCCUCCAGCGCGAGCUGGGAAAGAUGCGCGAGGCACCGGCAGGCGUUCACUGCAUGCUCGCUCGUACGGCUCGAGACACACACACACUGAGAGGAAGAGCCGGUGCAGAACUGAGAGCUGCUGCUGUGAGAAGAAGAACACUGAGGAGAUGAGAGGAGGUCCAAUCUGAAGAAGACUGAAGAAGCAUUUCCAGCCCAGAAUCUUCACUUCACACACUUUUAAUCCGGAUUCAGAUCCAGAGCAGGUUUCAUUCUGCAGGAAUUCCUCAGCAGCUCCACAGACAUGGAGGACUGACAGUUUUCCAUCAGCUCUAGUGAUUACCACAGAGAGAGAGAGAGAGGUGGAGAGAUGGAGCAUCUCCCGCUGUUUCUGUCAGCAGCUGUGAGGAGCAGUGAGAGCCCCGCGGGCUGUGUGAGGAUCAGUCUGUGUGGAGAACUUUUCUAGCAUGGCUUCAGGAGAGCAGUCCUCCUCCUCCUCCUGCUCCUGCUGCUGCUGAUACCGCUGCUGUACGGGAUGCUCUGCGCUCUGGAGCUCGGCUGGAGUUGACAGUGUUUCCCGCCCGUUCUGAGGACUUUUAGGAGCAUCUGUGGUUCAGACUGAUCUCAGACCUCCCCGCUCUCCCCCCGCUGGAGCUGAGCCCACCCGCCGGCUCUUAUGGGAAUGAAACACUCCUCCCGCUGUCUGCUCCUCAGGAGGAAGAUGGCGGAUCCGGACAGCGCGGAGCAGCAGCCCCUGAGUGCAGCCCCGUCUCACUCAGCACAGCCGUCUCCUCUGCCUAAACCAGUGCCCUCGGUCCACCAUGCCCCAAGGCCUUCACACGUCACACACACACCACACACACCGCACGCCGCCACCCUGCCCAGCUGUCCAGGCCGCGGCAAGAUGGCCAAAUUCCUCAACCCUGAGGAGAUGACCUCCAGGGAUUACUACUUUGACUCCUAUGCUCACUUUGGCAUCCAUGAGGAGAUGCUGAAGGAUGAAGUGAGGACGCUGACUUACAGGAACUCUAUGUACCAUAACAAACACGUCUUCAAGGACAAAAUCGUGCUGGACGUGGGGAGUGGCACUGGCAUCCUCUCCAUGUUCGCUGCCAAGGCUGGAGCCAAGCACGUGUACGGGAUUGAAUGUUCUAGUAUAUCAGAGUACUCUGAGAAGAUUAUCAAAGCCAAUCACCUGGACAGUGUUAUCACCAUCUUCAAAGGGAAGGUGGAAGAGACGGAGCUGCCGGUGGACCAGGUGGACAUCAUUAUCUCAGAAUGGAUGGGCUACUGCCUUUUCUAUGAGUCCAUGCUCAAUACCGUCAUCUUUGCCAGAGACAAGUGGCUGAAACCCGGUGGCCUAAUGUUUCCAGACCGUGCUGCUCUCUAUAUUGUGGCCAUCGAGGACAGACAGUACAAGGACUUCAAGAUCCACUGGUGGGAGAACGUGUACGGCUUCGACAUGACCUGCAUCAGAAACGUAGCAAUGAAAGAGCCACUGGUGGACAUAGUGGACUCCAAGCAAGUAGUGACCAACGCUUGCUUAAUCAAAGAGGUGGAUAUCUACACAGUGAAGCCAGAAGACCUGUCCUUUACCUCAACAUUCUGCCUGCAGAUCCAGAGGAAUGACUAUGUUCAUGCUCUCGUCACCUACUUCAACAUUGAGUUCACCAAGUGUCAUAAGAAGACAGGCUUCUCCACAGCACCUGAUGCUCCUUACACGCACUGGAAGCAGACGGUCUUCUACCUGGAGGAGUAUCUGACAGUGAAGAGAGGAGAGGAGAUUGUGGGCACGGUCGCCAUGCACCCUAACGAAAAGAAUGCACGUGAUCUGGACUUCACCUUCGAGCUGGAUUUUAAAGGUCAGCUGUCUGAGGCUGCUAUUGCUCAUGACUAUAAGAUGCGUUAAGCAUCCAGCAGGGGGACGGUGAACGCUCCAGCGUGGCAGUUGCCCAUCAACUAAAAAGCCAAGGAGGGGGCACUCUCCUUCCAGCAGCAGCAGCAGCAGCAGAAGCCCUGGCUGAUGCUCACGGUGAGGGCUGGAGGAACCCAGGCCACGGUUCUGCUUAUCUCUGGGAGCUGGGCCAACAUUCUGGAGUGGAGUGCCUCUCCAAGCAAUAGCAGCCUCGCCAUCGCCAAUAAUAGCGUGCACUAGUUCACCACCAUCUCUACGACUGUUCAGAAGGCAUCUCUGAAUGUACUGCCUUAUUAACUCAAGAAUGUCACUGUCCUCAUGAAUGUGAAGAGUCAGUUUACACUUUCUUUACUUUUUGAAGAAGAAGCGUUGUUGGUUUUGGUGCGAGUCUAGGAGCUAGCCUAGUUCAGCUGUAGUUUGCUGUAGUUCUGUCUAAAUUUGAGUCAUUAAUUUAGCAUUAACUUUAACGGUUUAUUUUACCCUGAGCACAGCUCUGCUGCACUAUAGUAUAUUACACUAGAGGACCAUACGCAGAAAUAGAUACAACAAUUCAAUAGCAAAUUACUUCAUUACUUCAAUACUAAUCACCUUAUUCUGUUUACUAUUAUAAUUAUUAUAAAGAAGGAACUUUUCUCAGCAAUAUCUAUAACCCCACCUCGUUAGAUAGUGAUAGCACAUCUGUUAAUGGUUGAUAAAUUCUUUUAAGCAGCAUGCAAUAUAAAAUAAAAACAAAUUAGGACACCCCAAUAAAUUGAGAAAUAUUCAGUAUAUUUAUUAAACAAAUAUGGACAUACCUAUAUUUUAUCUUCUUUUAAACACUAUAAAGGAAAAAAAAAACAGUAAAUUAAACAGUACCUGUAGGUUACAAAAUCAAUAAACAAUAAAUAUAUUUUAUUUGCCAAAAAAAAAAAAAAUCAAGAUUCCUUUUCCUACGGAGGAAAAAGAAAAAUAGGACACCCCCUGCUUUUUUAUUUUGGCUAAAAUAAACUUUAAAAUUAAAAUUCCUUCCUUUUUUUACUACACAGCCCGCUUCAAACCACCCUACAGCUUCUUAAUAUGAUACUUUAAGCUAUUUUUGGUAUAUUUUGGGUCAUUGUCAUGUUGCAUGGUCAACUUCUAGUUCAGCUUUUAGUGUUUGAACAGAUUGCUGUGAGCCUGCUUUAGCAAAGCAGCCAUUUUCGUGAAAACUCCCACCACCAUGUUUUAUAGUUAGUAUGAGGCUAAUUUGAUUAAAAUGUUAGAUACUUUAUUAUUAGCAAUAAAUUAAUGAAUAAAAAUAUAGUAGGUAUACAUACUAUUUUCUCACAAAAAUGAAUCAUGAUAAGUACAUUUUACAAAUGAGGAUUAAAAAAAUGUCCAUAUGUUUAAAUAUGUAUGUAAAAAAAGUACCGUUUUCAUGGGGUGUCCUAAUUUCUUUACCCGACUGUAUGUAAGAGUGACUGAAUGUUUGUUUUCAGUGUGUCUGUACUUUUUUUUAGAAUUGAGGAGAUUAAUAUCUACCUUCCAGCAGAGUUUAGAAAGAGAAAGGGAACCUGUAGGAUGAGAGAUGAGUCAGGAUAGCAGCUGCCGAUUCUCACCUGUGCUCUUACUGAAGUCAUCACCAAGGUAAAGGACCUCUCGUCCUGCUUUUAUCCAAAGACAUUCUGUUCAUUAGUGUUAGAAAACACAGCCACACCUCCCACUGCUCACAUUCACAGUUCAGAGUUAUUCUGAUCAGUGUUUAUGAAGGUAGACUGCUGAUAGGCUCUAAGGAGCAUGGGCACGUUUAUUAGCUGCACAUUUUCACCAGCGUUUGCAGUGAGUUUGCUCAAGUGCUUAACAUGUAGAUAUCAGUUCUAUAUUUAAUUCUUUAUUUACUGAUUUUUAAACUGAUGUUUUUGAAUCAUGUUUAUAUUACAGUGCUUUGGCUAGCAGCUUUAUUUCUAUCACUAUUAGUCAUUUUGAGAUUUUGAGAGUGAGUGCUGUAGGAAGGAAUAAGGCAUGUGGUGGUGUGUUACUUUGAUGGUGUGUUGUGUGUGAGUAAAGAACAUCAUUAAUUCUCAUUAUUUCUAUAUUGCAGUACACAGGUAAUGCUCCAAUCAGGAUGUUCAAAAAAUGACCUCUUAUUAAAAACUGAUGUCAAUGUACUUACACCAACCAAGCAUAACAUUAUGACCACCUUUUUUUUUAUCUCCAACCUUUAUCUAUUUUAUCAGCUACACUGAGUACAUAGGGGCACUUUGUAGUUCUAUCAUUACAGACUGUAGUCCUGCAUCUGUUUCUCUGCAUUUUUCAUUAUUAUUCUUUAUGUUCCCUGUUCUUCAGAGGUCAGGACCUCACGGGACCUCCACACAGCAGCAAUUGGUUAUCCUCAGCACUGCAGUGGCACUGAUUAUCAUGGUGGUGGAUCAGUGUAUUAGUGUAAUGUGCUGGUAUGAGUGGAUCAGACACAGCAGUGCUGCUGGAGGUUUUAAACACUGGUCCUACCUAGUUGGUCUGCCUUGUUGAAGUAAAGUCAGAGACAGAAGCUCUGAAUCUGUUUCUGCACAGUUUGUGUUAGUCAUCCUAUAGUCCUUCAUCAGUGGGUACAGGAUGCUUCCCACAGGAUGCUUCCUACAGGAUGCUUCCUACAUGAUGCUUCCUACAUGAUGCCUCCUACAGGACACUUCCCGCAGAUCGGUUCCCAUAGGAUGCUUGCCACAGGAUGCUUCCCACAUGGCGCUGCCCAUAGGACGCUUCCCAUAGGACGCUUCCCACAGGACGCUUCCCACAGGAAACUUCUCACAGGACACUUCACACAGGAUGCUCAUAGGAUGCUGCCCACAAGAUGCUGCAUAGAAUGCUGCCCAUAGGAUGCUUUACACAGAAAACUUUGCACAGGAUGUUGCCAACAGGACACUUCCUACAGGACACUUCCCACAGGAUGCUUCCCACAGGACGCUGCCCAUGGGACGCUUCUCACAGGCGCUUCCCAUAGUACGCUUUGCACAGGACAUUGCCUACAGCACGUUGCUGAAGGUCAAGGUCAAUGCUGCCCACAGAAUGCUUCCCACAGGAUGCCGCAUAUAGAACAUUUCCAUCAGGACAUUUCCCACAGAAUGCUUCCCACAAGAUGCUGUCCACAGGAUGCUGCCCACAGGAUGCUUUCUAAAGGAUACAAUCUACAGGACGCUUUGCACAUGACAUUGCCCACAGGAUGCUGCCAUAGAACACUGUCCACAGGAUGCUUUCCACCUGCCACUGCCUAUAGGACACUUCCUACAGGACGCUGCCCACAGAAUGUUUCCCACAGUAUGCUUUGCAAAGGGUGCUGCCCACAGGAUGCUUCCUAAAGGACGCUGCCCACAGGAUGCUGUUGGUGGAUUAUUCUCAGCCCAGCAGUGACACUAAAGUGUUUACAGCUCCAUCAGCCCUGGUGUACCAAAUCCAGUACAACACACACUAACACACCACCACCAAGUCAGUGUCACUGCAGUGCUGAGAAUCACCAACCACCCCAAAUAUAGCUGCUCUGUUGUGGUCUCUCAUGUGGGGUCCUGACCAUUGAGGAAGAGGGUAAAAGCAGGAUAAUAGAGAAACAAAUACAGGACAUUCAGUAACUAUAGAGCUAGAACAUGUCCUAUAUGUAUUAUGGAAAACUGGUCUAGAAACAAGAAGAUGGUCAUAAUGCAAUGCUUGAUUGGUGUGUGCUACACUCUUAAAAAUACAGGUGCUACAAAGGGUUCUUUAAAGUGUUGCCAUAGAAGAACCAUUAUUAGUUCUAUAUUAGUUCUGUAGUAAAGUUUCUUGCCAGUGCAUAAAGACUUGCAGUUGGAAAAUUGUGUUGGUUCCAAUAUAACAUCCAAUAUUCUCAAAACAGGUUUAAUUUUUUUUAAAUAAUUACUCAGCCCCAAUUAUCUUUUUUAAAUGAUGAAACCAUUAUGGAACCUUAUGGAACAUUAUGGUUCUUUAAUAGCUUCACUCCAAGAACCAUUUGUAGCACCUUUAUUUACGCAUUUCCUUGUUGAUAUAUUUGUUUUUAAAUGCACUAUUUAUCUGCUGUGAAAGUAAAAAAAGUAUAUAUGUGAACAUACUGAUCAAGCCUCAACAAAAGCAAUAUGCUGUUUGAUUUGCUGUUAUUUUACCCGAACAGAUAAUCUAAGAACAGAUCUUUAUGUAUAGAUGUAAGAGAGCAUGCAUUAGGAGUAAAGAGGCUUUGAACGUUUGUAGGAUGUGAAGGCUUAUUAUGUUGUAGUAAUAGAUUAUGUGUAAAAUAAUCCAGAUGUUAUCAUAAAUUCAUUGUCAAUAAAUGUUAUUUAAACAGCUGUAUGUGUGAGUGUGAUAGAAUGUGUAAGAAGAGCUCUUUGUUGUUUGUGUAG